AUGGAGGGAGACGGGAGCCAAGCCACAUCUGGAGGAAGCCCUAAUGAUUCGCAACACGACCCGGGGUAAGACUGCGAACAGCACUGACACUUUUAUCGUUAUAGCUACAUUGUAUCGAUAGUGCGAGGCUUAUCAAAGCACUGACAUUGAUGUUGCUUUCCAGGUGCAGUCAACUACACCUUUGUUUGAUUAUAUUAGCGAACGGGCCUGUCCCCUUUUUCUAAAGCUCUUGAUAACUACAGCUCUCUUGCUGCUGCUCUGCCUUCGUUUUGCUCGCUUUUUGUCGCUAUAGCAAGUAGUUAGCUAGAGCUAGCUAAGUAGUUAGCUACACGUCAAAAUGGCCGAUCUGACAUCUGUACUCACUUCUGCUAUGUUUCCCCCUUACAGUAAAAUGUUUAUCGGUGGCCUCAGCUGGCAAACUUCACCAGGUAAGGAAAUAAUUUGCGGACUACAGUGUGGCAUUGUCGGGUUGUGUUCUGUGGUAGCUGAGGCUGUGGGUGCUGGUUGUAACGUCUGAUGUGUGUGUGUGUGUGUGUGUGUGCGUGCGUGCGUGUGCGCGCGGUUAUUUUUUAUUUCCAAUCAUUUGAAGUCCUCUAUUCGACCCCUAUGUGCAUAACCAGAGAGUCAUUUUAAAGCUCAUACAUAGACUAUUCUAUAUUUGACAGAGGAGUGAAAACGAGCAGUAACCUCCAGUUUGUUUUUCUUUUGCAGACAGCCUUAGAGACUAUUUUACUAAAUUCGGGGAAAUCAGAGAAUGUAUGGUGAUGAGAGAUCCAACAACAAAACGCUCCAGGUAAUUAACUAGUACAUUUUCCCACUGUGUUUGUAUGUCUUAAUUGUCAACGUACGUGGUUUUGCAGUGUCCUUAUAAGAACGCAAAAUCAGUUAGCAAGCAACCAGUCAUUUAUUUUUGUCGCACGUUGAGCUUUUACAAGCGAUUGAAUCAGCGCAUUGCAAAGGCAACGCAAUUUGACAUUGACCGGCCACUUCAGAUAGAAUACUGGAGGAUCUUAGAAUAUUCCUGAAAAUAUGGGAAAUAAUUAGACAAGGCAUUUUACAUUUAAUAAAUAAUUGAAUCUGAUAUGAAAGGUAAACUAUUUUGAUAUCAAGUAGCCUACCGAUAUAGCCAACGUGGGUAAAUAUUUGUUAUAAUGUAGCAUUUGGCUGCAUUAUAUAUUUGAUAGGCUACAAUGUAGCCUGUCAUUUGGCUUUAUUAUUUGUUUCAAUGUAACGGCUGUAGUUAUACUUUACUGACUGAAAGGCUGUUUGACCACUCUCCUGUCCCCCACUGACUGACUCACUGCUAACGAUGUUUCUUGUUUAUUUCCACAGGGGCUUCGGAUUCGUUACUUACAUAGAUGCUGCCAGUGUAGAUAACGUCUUAGCUCAGCCACAUCACGAAUUAGACUCAAAAACGGUAUGUCUCCUCUCUUCUGUGACUUUUUAAAGUGUUUGUGGUUUUGUGACCCACCUGUCUGGCAUGAUUGACUAUGUCCUAAGCGUUAUUUGAAUUAUUCACUCUCACAACCACAUAUACUUGAUGCCAAUAAGUAGCCAAGCUAAUUAUGCGUUCUGAGCUUGCUCCCCUCUCCUCCUUCAAAUGACAAGACCUUCUGCUAACCCUUUCUUUACCAUUGAGUGCCAUAUUACAUAAAGUAAUUCGAGCACCAAUGGCACCUGCAACGCUUUCUCUCCAGGAACAUCUGAGUGUUUUGAGAUGGGGAACAUGUUUAUUGUUGAAUCUGCAUAUAAAGUGAUUGUCAUUCUGUAUUUGUUUUUUGUGAAAAUGCAUUCCCAGCUGUCUUUAAAGAUUUUAGUAGGCUAAACAUUGUUGUACAUAUUUGGCAUUGUUUUUCAUGUACCAUAUUCAUGCACCAUCAGGCAUUAUUGACCUUUCUGUUUACAAAAUGCAGUUUAUUUAUAAAUAAAUGUUGUUUUCUAAAAGCACCCCAUCUUGAGUUAAACUUUCAUUUCUCAUCCUCCCAAGUCCCAAUUGACUGCAUCAUUGGCCCCAGUAUCCACCCAUUUACCCCGGUCUUAAUCUCAAUUGUCUGCAUAUUAUCCACUUCCUCUCUCACUGCAAGUCUGCUAAAGUGCACACAUUCGCUCAACCUGACCCAUUUUAAAUCACAAUCCCAAGACUAUCUGUUAUCCCCAGAGAAUGGCAUAAAAAUAUACCUAAAUUGGUAAAUGUAUUGUUGCAGGAUAUUUAGUUUCUGAAUGUAUGGAUGGAUCAAAGGAGGUUGGUGGGAGGAGCUAUAGGAGGACAGGCUCAUUGUAAUGGAUAGAAUGGAAUAAAUAGAAAGAUAUUAAACAUAUGGAAACCACAUGUUCGACUCCGUUCCAUUUAUUCCAUUCAAGCCAUUACAAUGAGACCAUCCUCCUAUAGCUCCUCCCACCAGCCUCCUCUGAUAUUGGAUAGAUUAAAACUGACACUUAAUUAAAAGAUUCAUGUUUCUCUGAGGGUGAGAGUUGGUCAGAGUAAUGCCUUGACUGAAAUUGUAUUGUGAUGAUUCACCCUCUGCGUUUUAGUGUUUGAUUUUCCAUAUGGGUCAGUUUGCUUAUUUUUGAUGAUUCUCGUACUCCUCUGUUGGCUAAUGUAAAUUUGAUUGGAAUGGCCCUGUGGCAUUGUUAUGUAGCAUGCAAAUACAUGCUUGUUACAUAGGCAUGUAUAUUGUAAUGUGUUUGCUGUUUGUAAUGAGAAUACACUGACAUUUUUACAUGCAUUACUGGUACAUUUGCAAACAAACUUAAAUGUGUUUUUGUUAGCAAAAUAACUUCUACACUUUUCAUGUCACUCGUAUCUCAAUUGUGAGUUCAUACAAAACUUUAAAAUUGUGCAUGACACAAACAUUACAGAAGUUGUACGUUAAGUAAUAAUGUGUAGUUACACUGUUCUAGACUUAUGAAACAGAUAGCUGAAGAUGUAAAAGGAAAUGCCAAAUUAUUUUCUGCCUAACUUCCCACACGUCACUUCUGACAAAUUACCCUGAUAUCAUUUUAAAAUGCGCAUUUUUGUUAAUGUAUAUGCAAUUUAUUUUUUAGCCUAAUUAAUUUGGAAUAGUACAGGGAUUAUUAUGACUGCAGAUUUGAAUGUGAUGUUGAGAUGAAUUAGUACCCCUCUAGAACUUUAUUGAUAAUGGGCAAACGGUCUUUCUGAAAAGGGAAAUCUGUACUUGAGAGGACAUGCAGUUUUAGCCCAGCAAAGGAAGCAGACACACACACACUCCCUCUCCCUAACUCUCGAAGUGUACCUAAAAGGGUUUUUGAUGCCUUCUCUCCCCUCUCCUUUCUUGACCUGCGUCUACAUAGGCUUAUUAGAAAACAGCUAAUGACAUUAUCCAUGCUUUAAGGGACCUAUAGUAGAGUCUUUAGUGUUUCUACUGCUUGUGUGGUAUAAUGGAACAGAGGCAACAUUGAGCUGCCGACUCCCCUCUGUGCCUUGGGAGGUGUUCUACAUUUAAAGUGCUGGUGCAGUGUGAAAUGGAGGGGAGUCACAUCUUACCUUAAAGGUCCAAUGCAGCCGUUUUUAUCUCAAUAUCGAAUCCUUUCUGGGUAACAAAGUACCUUACUGUGGUUGUUUUCAAUUAAAAUGGUCAAAAAUAAACUAAAAUAGCUUCUUAGCAAAGACCAAUUUCUCAAGCAGGAAUUUUACUAGGACUGUGUGGUCUGAGUGGGGAGGGGAAAAUGUAAAAUGAGCUGUUAUUGGCAGAGAGGUUUGGAACUCUCUUUCUUUAUGGUCUAUUAACUAAUUAAGUGUUGACACCAGGCAGGCCAAAACUUCAUCCCACCAAAACAGGCUCAGAUUUCAGGCGGUCUUUUCAAACAGCUCUUACACUAAAAGGGCACUUUCAUAAUUUUCACAAUGUCACAGUAUUAUUCCAACCUCAUCAUGUGGAAAUGUAUACUGAACAAAAAUAUAAAUACAACACGUAAAGUGUUGGUCCCAUGUUUCGUGAGCUGAAAUAAAAGAUCCCAGAAAUGUUCUGUAUGCACAAAAAGCUUAUUUCUGCCAACUUUUGUGCAGAAAUGUGUUUACAUCCCUGUUAGUGAGAAUUUCUCCUUUGCCAAAAUAAUCCAUCCACCUGACAGGUGUGGCAUAUCAAGAAGCUGAUUAAACAGCAUGAUCAUUACACAGGUGCACCUUGUGCUGGGGACAAUAAAAGGCCACUCUAAAAUGUGUAGUUUUGUCACACAACACAAUGCCACAGAUGUCUCAAGUUUUGAGGGAGUGUGCAAUUAGCAUGCUGACUGUAGGAAUGUCCAUCAGAGAUGUUGCCAGAUAAUUUAAUGUUAUUUUCUCUACCGUAAGCCGCCUCCAACGUCGUUUUAGAGAAUUUGGUAGUACGUUCAACCGGCCUCACCACGGCAGACCACGUGUAACCAUGCCAGCCCAGGACCUCCACAUCUGGCUUCUUCACCUGGGGGAUCGUUUGAGACCAGCCACCCGGACAGCUGUUGAAACUGUGGGUUUGCACAACCGAAGAAUUUCUGCACAAACUGUCAGAAACCAUCUCAGGGAAGCUCUUCUGUGUGCUCGUCGUCCUCACCAAGGUCUUGACCUGAUUGCAGUUAGGCGUCGUAACUGACUUCAGUGGGCAAAUGCGCACCUUCAAUGGCCACUGACACGCUGGAGAAGUAUGCUCUUCAUGGAUGAAUCCCAAUUUCAACUGUAGCGGGCAAAUGGCAGACAGCGUGUAUGGUGUCAUGUGGGCGAGCGGUUUGCUGAUGUCAACGUUGUGAACAGAGUGCCCCAUGGUGGAGGUUGGGGUAUGGGCAGGCAUAAGCUACAGACAACGAACACAAUUGCAUUUUAUCAAUGGCAAUUUGAUUGCAGAGAUACUGUGACGAGAUCCCGAGGCCCAUUGUCGUGCCAUUCAUCCGCCGCCAGCAUCUCAUGUUUCAGCAUGAUAAUGCAUGGCCCCAUGUCGCAAGGAUCUGUACACAAUUCCUGGAAGCUGUAAAUGUCCCAGUUCUUCCAUGGCCUGCAUACUCACCAGACAUGUCACCCAUUGAGCAUGUUUGGGAUGCUCUGGAUCGACGUGUACGACAGCAUGUACCAGUUCCCGCCAAUAUCCCGCAACUUUGCACAGCCAUUGAAGAGGAGUGGGACAACAGACCACAAUCAAUCAGCCUGAUCAACUCUAUGUGAAGGAGAUGUGUCGCGCUGCAUGAGGCAAAUGGUGGUCACACCAGAUACUGACUGGUUUUCUGAUCCACACCCAUACUUUAAAAAAAAGUUAUCUGUGACCAACAGAUGCAUAUCUGUAUUCCCACUCAUGUGAAAUCCAUAGAUUAGGGCCUAAUGAAUUAAUGUAUUGACUGAUUUCAUUAUAUGAACUGUAACUCAGUAAAAUCUUUGAAAUUGUUGCAUGUUGCGCUUAUAGUUUUGUUCAGUCUACAUAAAACACACUGGGCCUUUUUAAAAGGCGCUGCAUGAUCAAUCCACCGUCUGCAUUGGCCAUGCAGGAUUUACGGUGAUAUGGCCUCUGCAGAAGUCAGGGCAUUCAUACUUCUUGCACUUUGCGGAGCAGUGCAGAGCUGUUGUGAAGGAAGUUUUCAAGGAAGUGAGCUUGUGUUUAUACAGUACCUCCCGCCCUCACCCACCGUCAACCAAUCAUGUCAAUGCGGAGCUAUAUGGCGCCCUCCGCAUUGUUACAACAUUUGACAGGCGCAUGGCGAUGCGGUAUGGAGCUCAAUUCGGCCUCUGCAUGCCUCCGGAGGCUCCGCAAUUGUGUCACAUCAUCCAUACGGCGCCUCUGACCACAUUUUCAGAUUAAGCAUAAAUUGGCUGUAACACUGCCAGGUAAGGCUGGACUGGGAAAUUGAAGUCCAGACAGUAACAGACAUGGUUUGGUUUGUCUGCAUGGGGAAUUCAAUGCUGCUGUGUAUUUUUUUCCUUUCAUCAGGAUACAGUCAGUAUAUUAUUACUCUAACAUUCAUUGUACAUUAUUCCCUAUUAGAAUAGCCUUUGAUUGCAAAAUGCCCUUAAACUCUAAUUAAUUGUACAACAUGUUAACUUGUUACUAGUUUUAGUACAGAGUUACUUCACAGGUAUACAAGCAGAGUGUUAGCAUUAUUUAAUAAUAAUAAUAAAUAAUAUGCCAUUUAGCAGAUGCUUUUAUCCAAAGCGACUUACAGUCAUGUGUGCAUACAUUUUUACGUAUUGGUGGUCCCGGGGAUCGAACCCACUACCCUGGCGCCAUGCUCUACCAAUUGAGCUACAGGUAAAACCUGUUGUUUUACAUUGUGGCACAUGUAUUUCCCUCGAUUGCAUAGGCUGAGGCAUGUCCUACAUACACAUACUGCAUAUACUUGACAUGCAUAAUGUUUUAUGUAAUCCUUGACAACAUGGAAAUGAAGGCUUGUGGUUGAAUAAUACUCAGUGUCUGUCGACAAUAGGAUUUCUGCUGAUGUCAUUUGUAAAAGCUAUCUCUUGUAGACCAAACACUUUUCUGGCUAAAACACAUCCCACUCCGCUAAUGCAUUCAGUCAGCUGAAUUCAAACAGUCACUUUCUACCAGUGUCUAGUAUUUUUGUCUGUCACACAUCGACAGCUCUCUGUUAUAUUUCCCCUCUGCUCUUCACAUUUUUUUUUAACCAAUUGACAAGCUCUCAACCUACUUUAUGCACAAUAUUCCACUAAUGGUAUUUUCCGCCUUUAGCUAUGUGGCCUUAAAGAUGAAAAUGUGAAAGGAGAAAUCCUUUGUUCACAGGAAGAGUGAAUGGUUGGUGCUGUAUUCAACCUUACUGUGACAAAUGGCAAAUGUGUCUUGAAUGUCCUGGCUGUUUUAAUGCACUGACUGUCCCAUUUAACGGGAUGUGUUCUUGUGCAUGAUUUCACUUUUAGAAGUGUAUGUCAGAGGGGAAAAUUAAUGUCCAAAUCAAUGUUUCUGAGUUGAUUUGCACAAGUUGUUCUUGAGGAAGUCCUGUGGUUGUGGUUGGUUCUAACACCUGACUUGCUAUCUCACACAUUUAUUUUGAGCUACAUUUUGACGAUGCAGUUACGUACACAGAGCAAAUCCUGUAAUAAAUAGUGAACACAUAAAUUACUGCUGUGCAGUAAACUGAUGCAACGAUGAAUAAUACAAUGCCUUCUUUUGUUUUCAGGCAUUGUAUUCAAUCCGAACCCAAAUGUGCCAAUUCACAUUGGCUGCCAUAAUAACCCCUUGGCUGUUCUCCAUAAAAGCAUGCAGCAACGCAGUCUUGUAUGACCCAUGUAUUUGAAUCCAUAAUGUGAGCUAAAAGAGUAGAUGACUCCGGUCAGUGUUAUUUGAUUUGAAAUGGUGUAGACCUUACAGUGAAAUGCUUACUUACAAGCCCGUAACCAACAAUGCCGUUUUAAGAAGAAAAAAAAGAUAAGUAAAAUAUAAAAAUAGCAAAUAAUUAAAGAGCAGCAGUAAAAUAAAAUAACAGUAGGGAGGCUAUAUACAGGGGGUACCGGUACAGAGUCAAUGUGAGUUAUUAGUCAGCUAUGCUUCUAUGGAGUAAUGCAGGAUUGUGUGAAUAACGGACCUGGACUAUUUGACGAGGCAAAAGGAAAUAAAAAUUGUGCUUUUGAUUAAAUCAGCUAGCUUUAAUAUGACUGUUGAUUAAUCUGUGUGGGGAAGAUGUGAAAUCCCACACUGAUAAUAGUGUACUAGUGUAGGAGGCUUGAGCCCUAAGGUUCCCAGUACAGCUGGUUCUCUUCUCUCCCUGGUAGUUCAUUGGUUGAUUGUCAUUGAUUGGUUAAAGGAGUCCACUCAUCUGGUGUCCCUGGUCUGAAUCAGUCCUUGAUCAGAGGGGAAGGAUGGAAACCAGAAAUCCUGAAGGAGACUUGGGGACCUCGAGGCCUGAUUUGAAUACCCCUUGUGUAGUGUCUCUGUACUGUCAUUGUCCAAAUCGUGCAUGCCGGUAUGUCGGAUAGUCUUGUGAUCCAUGCUUUAAACCCACACAUCCAAAUCCCUGUGAUUAGUUGUGUUUAAGUGAUUGACAACUUUGAUGAUGAUUGAUAUCUAAUUCUAUCUCCCUUUCUCCUCUCUCUUGUCCCUUCUUUUUUAAUAUUUACCAGAUCGAUCCUAAAGUUGCCUUCCCUAGACGUGCUCAACCCAAGGUAAGACAACAUGCUGAAAAUGUUUUAACCACUCAUGGAGAGGUUAGUUUGUUUGUUGGUUGGUUUCUGUAACACUGGGUGCAUUGAUGACCUGCAGAGAGGGUCUGGUCAUGAAACGGCAGCUAGGGCUGCAGAUUAGUUUUGGUAUGUAAGUGUCACUGUCAGGCUGGUCUGUAGCUUGCUACAGGUAGAUGACUGGCUGUCUGAUUUCUCCCACAGGUGCACCACCACUGUACUUGUUUACAUCAGCAUGUUGUCUAGAAACUGUAGUGAGGUAGAAUUUCCCUUGUUCACUGCUCUAAAGACUUUGCUACAUUUGAUCGAAUGAGAGAGUAUCACAUUGUAGUUGUUCACACAAUGUUUUUUCCCUAAAGACGCUGAGAUUGAUUGGGGAAUUUUCAUUUUUUUAGUAACAUAAAGAGAGGCAUUGUUACUCUGCUACCUUGAUCAGGUUUCAAACUGAGGAUUGACGGAGGUAAAGCUUUCCAAGCCGAGGCACAUGUUCUCUUAAGGCUGGGUAUGACUACAUGUAUGUAAUUGAGAAACAGCUAGGGGAUGUGCUUGUUUCUUGAUUCUCUCUUCUCCCUUUUGUUUUCGGCGGCAGGUAGCCUAGUCGUUAUAGCGUUGGGCCAGUAACCGAAAGGUCGCUGAUUGGAAUAGCCGAGCAAGGCACUUAACCCUAAUUUACUCCAGGGGUGCUGUACUACUAUGGCUGACCCUGUAAAACAACACAUUUCACUGCACCUAUCAUACUACUAUGGCUGACCCUGUAAAACAACACAUUUCACUGCACCUAUCAUACUACUAUGGCUGACCCUGUAAAACAACACAUUUCACUGCACCUAUCAUACUACUAUGGCUGACCCUGUAAAACAACACAUUUCACUGCACCUAUCAUACUACUAUGGCUGACCCUGUAAAACAACACAUUUCACUGCACCUGUCCUGUGUAUGUCAAAUAUGUUUAAUUAAAUGUUUUAUGCACCUGUUCAUGUCAAGUCCAAUGGUGUCCAGUGAUAGUGAUGAUACUGACAGAAGUCCAGUCUGACUGUACAGUACUUAGUUCCAGUGCAGACUGUGUUGAUAUGCAAGCAUAUGUUACUGUAUUCGACAGAUUUGUAUGGUGCUUUGAUAUUUUCUGCUCUGUGUGCUUUUUUAUGCAAAAAAGCACCCUUGAUAUCAAUUAUGCAACCAUUUUUGAAUAAACAUGAAAGAUGCAGGCCUAUGUAUGCUAUAAGGUGUUUGUUUCUAAAGAGCAAUGACACUAAAGGAAUUUGAAGAUGAAAUCACACCUUGAGUUGUCUUUGGACCCUUAAGGGCAGGUUUUGUUUUAACCCUGAGUGGAGAGAGAAUGUGGCUGUCAAAGAACGUAGCGGCUAUAGGAUUAAGGGGCAGUUAAAUCAGCAUUGCAGAGGGUUUUGGUGCAUGUAACAUUUAUGAAAGAAAGGUCAGUAAUGUUCAAGUCCUCAGGUUAUCAUCGUCGUUUAGAGCAAAACUUGUUUUGUUUUCUGUUGGUCAGUAACUCUGGCUCAGGGUUUGUAUUGCCCAUUACCUCAGACCAUGCUGUCGUCUGCAUGCUCACUCUGUCCCAGUUUUGAGUAUGUACAGUGUGUAUGUUUUUACAGUGUGUGUGUGUACAGUGUGUGUACCUACAGUUUGUGUGACAGCGCUAGAAACAUCCACCUAAGGCCUUUAAGGCUGGGUAGGGAGGGACUGCCUCUGGCUGGCUGGUAGGCUAACUGGCUGAGAGCACGUUUUUUCCCAACUCUUCAAUAUGGGAAUGGCUUCAAGGGUGGCAGGUGUCCACAGCACACUUGUCCAGCUAAUUGAAAUUAAGAACUUUCCCAGAGUGGACAAUCACAAGAGGAGAAAUGAUGAACUCACUCCCUUCACCGCACACAUGCCAGGCCAGCCACUCUGGUCCAAGGCAGCGCAGGCUGGCUCAGGGGCUCCGAGAUGAACAGGCAUUAAAUCAGGCCGCAGUUCUCAGCAGCAGUCAGAACACAACACAGCCGCUAGGCGUUUUCUUUGUGUUAAACGAACCACCCAAUAAUAAGCUUUAUGCAAAUAUACAACCGCCAUCGCAUACAAUCAUGUGGCAUUAUGGCAUUAUAUUUGUGACUUGCCCCAUAUUUUGGAGUGUGUUGAAUAGAACUGAAACAAGCAGCCGUAUGUUGUGAACUGUGCUUAGCUAGGGUGUCAUUUGUUUGUUAACUAACAUGGAAAAGUAAAAGAUGCUGAGCUUGGUGGAUUAUUACCAAACAGACAUUAAAUGCAGACAUACCUGGCAAUCGCCUUUCCAGAGUCUAUACUGUUGUUAGGUUUAUGGCUGUUAUUUUCUAUUCCUGGGGCAUACAUCUAUACAUCUCAGCGGUGGCACCACAGGUCCCAGAGUGGUAUGGCGAAAAAAACAUUCUGGGGCCCGUAGUUAUUCUUGAUCUAACCAGGUGAAACUUUAUACUGUAUGACGUGAUCUGUUGUAAAAAUAUUAAAUAUUUUCUAUUCAGGUCACAUGGUUUAAAAAAAUAACUAUUGGAAAAACUCCUGGCCUUGGGAAGGUUGAAAACCCUAUCCAACUGCAGCAACCUUGUACAGUGAGGGAAAAAAGUAUUUGAUCCCCUGCUGAUUUUGUACGUUUGCCCACUGACAAAGACGUGAUCAGUCUAUCAUUUUAAUGGUUGUUUUAUUUGAACAGUGAGAGACAGAAUAACAACAACAAAUCCAGAAGAACGCAUUUCAAAAAUGUUAUAAAUUGAUUUGCAUUUUAAUGAGGAAAUUUGACCCCUCUGCAAAACAUGACAAAACCCUUGUUGGCAAUCACAGAGGUCAGACGUUUCUUGUAGUUGGCCACCAGGUUUGCACACAUCUCAGGAGGGAUUUUGUUCAACUCCUCUUUGCAGAUCUUCUCCAAGUCAUUAAGGUUUCGAGGCUGACGUUUGGCAACUUGAACCUUCAGCUCCCUCCACAGAUUUUCUAUGGGAUUAAGGUCUGGAGACUGGCUAGGCCACUCCAGGACCUUAAUGUGCUUCUUCUUGAGCCACUCCUUUGUUGCCUUGGCCGUGUGUUUUGGGUCAUUGUCAUGCUGGAAUACCCAUCCACAACCCAUUUUCAAUGCCCUGGCUGAGGGAAGGAGGUUCUCACCCAAGAUUUGACGGUACAUGGCCCCAUCCAUCGUCCCUUUGAUGCGGUGAAGUUGUCCUGUCCCCUUAGCAGAAAAACACCCCCAAAGCAUAAUGUUUCCACCUCCAUGUUUGACGGUGGGGAUGGUGUCUUGGGGUCAUAGGCAGCAUUCCUCCUCCUCCAAACACGGCGAGUUGAGUUGAUGCCAAAGAGCUCGAUUUUGGUCUCAUCUGACCACAACACUUUUACCCAGUUCUCCUCUGAAUCAUUCAGAUGUUCAUUGGCAAACUUCAGACGGGCAUGUAUAUGUGCUUUCUUGAGCAGGGGGACCUUGCGGGAGUUGCAGGAUUUCAGUCCUUCACGGUGUAGUGUGUUACCAAUUGUUUUCUUGGUGACUAUGGUCCCAGCUGCCUUGAGAUCAUUGACAAGAUCCUCCUGUGUCAUUCUGGGCUGAUUCCUCACCAUUCUCACGAUCAUUGCAACUCCACGAGGUGAGAUCUUGCAUGGAGCCCCAGGCCGAGGGAGAUUGACAGUGCUUUUCCGAGUGGCGCAGUGGUCUAAGGCAUUGCAUCGCAGUGCUAGCUGUGCCACUAGAGAUCCUGGUUCGAAUCCAGGCUCUGUCGUAGCCGGCCGCGAACGGGAGACCCAUGGGGCGGCGCACAAUUGGCCCAGCGUCGUCCAGGGUAGGGGAGGGAAUGGCCGGCAGGGAUGUAGCUCAGUUGGUAGAGCAUGACAUUUGCAACACCAGGGUUGUGGGUUCGAUUCCCACGGGGGGCCAGUAUGAAAAAUAAAAAAAUAAUGUAUGCACUCUAACUGUAAGUCGCUCUGGAUAAGAGCGUCUGCUAAAUGACUAAAAAAUGUGUUUCUUCCAUUUGCGAAUAAUCGCACCAACUGUUGUCACCUUCUCACCAAGCUGCUUGGCGAUGGUCUUGUAGCCCAUUCCAGCCUUGUGUAGGUCUACAAUCUUAUCCCUGACAUCCUUGGAGAGCUCUUUGGUCUUGGCCAUGGUGGAGAGUUUGGAAUUGGAUUGAUUGAUUGCUUCUGUGGACAGGUGUCUUUUAUACAGGUAACAAGCUGAGAUUAGGAGCACUCCCUUCAAUCUUUCUGAUUGAGAGGGGGUCAAAUACUUAUUUCCCUCAUUAAAAUGCAAAUCAAUUUAUUACAUUUUUGACAUGCAUUUUUCUGGAUUUAUUUGUUCUCAUUCUGUCUCUCACUGUUCAAAUAAACCUACCAUUAAAAUGAUAGACUGAUCAUUUCUUUGUCAGUGGGCAAACGUACAAAAUCAGCAGGGGAUCAAAUUCUUUUUUCCCACACUGUACCUCAUAUUAAUUAUAUUUUAAAGAAGGACUGGGGCGUGGGGGGGGGUUUCCCAUACACCGACCCAGAGAAAGCAUCAUGAUAACUCACAGGGCUGAGCUUGCUUUAUGCAGGUUUGCUCCGUGUAGUCCUACCCUAUGCAAAUGCACGGCUAAUAAAACAUUUACUCAGUCUCUGUCAGCUAUUGCGUUUAUUGAUUAAUUCCAGUUAAUCAUUUUUGUACUGAAAAAGUCUAGGUAGCCUAGUCAGCCCAAGUUUGAAUAUAAAUACAAUUUGAUCCGAUUCACAUUUUCUCACAAACAAAUGGGCUAUAAAUACAUAACGUUCCCACUUCAAUUACCCUGGCCAGAGAGAUGGGGCGCAUAGUACAGACUGCUAGACUAUGCAGCUGUUGUUGUUAGUAGUCUACAGUUGAUACGACGGAAAAAUUGUCUCGUUUCCAUGCAAUACAGCAUGUCAGAUGGCUAGUGUUUUAGGUAUAUAGGCUGCUACAUUUAUGGAAGAGUUUUGCUUGUCUGCCAGGAGUGAUGUGUUAUCAUUCUUGCUAAAAGAAUACCGGAAGAAAGUGUAGAGCACUCCUUGAGCGUUGUGCGCGGCCCGCGAUUUCCGUGAAUCUGAUUGGUCAAUAAACGCAAAGAGCCAGCCAGCCGCACUUCGACUUGAAGGACAGAGAUAUUGUGCGCUUGUUGACUAAUCAAACAGCACUUUGCCCUUCUUUUAAACGCUUUUGCGUCAAUAUAUUUGUAUAUCAAUCAAUUUUAUUUUAUAUAGCCCUUCUUACAUCAGCUAAUAUCUCGAAGUGCUGUACAGAAACCCAGCCUAAAACCCCAAACAGCUAGUAAUGCAGGUGUAGAAGCACGGUGGCUAGGAAAAACUCCCUAGAAAGGCGAAAACCUAGGAAGAAACCUAGAGAGGAACCAGGCUAUGAGGGGUGGCCAGUCCUCUUCUGGCUGUGCCGGGUGGAGAUUAUAACAGAACCAUGCCAAGAUGUUCAAAAAUGUUCAUAAGUGACAAGCAUGGUCAAAUAAUAAUCAGGAAUAAAUCUCAGUUGGCUUUUCAUAGCCGAUCAUUAAGAGUUGAAAACAGCAGGUCUGGGACAGGUAGGGGUUCCAUAACCGCAGGCAGAACAGUUUAAACUGGAAUAGCAGCAAGGCCAGGCGGACUGGGGACAGCAAGGAGUCACCACGGCCGGUAGUCCCGACGUAUGGUCCUAGGGCUCAGGUCUCUCAGUUGGCUUUUCAUAGCCGAUCAUUAAGAGUUGAAAACAGUAGGUCUGGGACAGGUAGGGGUUUCGUAGCCACAGGCAGAACAGUUGAAACUGGAAUAGCAGCAAGGCCAGGCGGACUGGGGACAGCAAGGUGUCAUCAUGCCCGGUAGUCCUGACGUAUGGUCCUAGGGCUCAGGUUCUCAGAGAGAAAGAGAGAACGAGAGAAUUAGAGAGAGCAUACUUAAAUUCACACAGGACACUGGAUAAGACAGGAGAAGUACUCCAGGUAUAACCAACUAACCCCAGCCCCCCGACACAUAAACUACUGCAGCAUAAAUACUGGAGGCUGAGACAGGAGCGGUCCGGAGACACUGUGGCCCCAUCCGAAGAAACCCCCGGACAGGGCCAAACAGGAAGGAUAUAACCCCACCCACUCCGCCAAAGCACAGCCCCCGCACCACUAGAGGGAUAUCCCCAACCACCAACUUACAAUCCUGAGACAAGGCCGAGUAUAGCCCACAGAGGUCUCCACCACAGCACAAACCAAGGGGGGGGCGCCAACCCAGACAGGAAGAUCACGUCAGUAACUCAACCCACUCAAGUGACGCACCCCUCCCAGGGACGGCAUGAAAGAGCACCAGCAAGCCAGUGACUCAGCCCCUGCAACAGGGUUAGAGGCAGAGAACCCCAGUGGAGAGGGGAACCGGCCUGGCAGAGACAGCAAGGGCUGUUCGUUGCUCCAGCCUUUCCGUUCACCUUCACACUCUUGGGCCAGACUACACUCAAUCAUAUGACCUACUGAAGAGAUAAGUCUUCAGUAAAGACUUAAAGGUUGAGACCGAGUCUGCGUCUCUCACAUGGGUAGGCAGACUGUUCCAUAAAAAUUGAGAUCUAUAGGAGAAAGCCCUGCCUCCCGCUGUUUGCUUAGAAAUUCUAGGGACAAUUAGGAGGCCUGCGUCUUGUGACCGUAGCGUACGUAUUGGUAUGUACGGCAGGACCAACUCGGAAAGAUAGGUAGGAGCAAGCCCAUGUAACGCUUUAUAGGUUAACAGUAAAACCUUGAAAUCAGCCCUUGCCUUAACAGGAAGCCAGUGUAGGGAAGCUAGCACUGGAGUAAUAUGAUCAAAUUUCUUGGUUCUAGUCAGGAUUCUAGCAGCCGUAUUUAGCACUAACUGAAGUUUAUUUAGUGCUUUAUCCGGGUAGCCGGAAAAUAGAGCAUUGCAGUAGUCUAACCUAGAAGUAACAAAUGCAUGGAUUAAUUUUUCUGCAUCAUUUUUGGACAGAAAAUUUCUGAUUUUUGCAAUGUUACGUAGAUGGAAAAAAGCUGUCCUUGAAACAGUCUUGAUAUGUUCGUCAAAAGAGAGAUCAGGGUCAAGAGUAACGCCUAGGUCCUUCACAGUUUUAUUUGAGACGACUUUACAACCAUCAAGAUGAAUUGUCAGAUUUAACAGAAGAUCUCUUUGUUUCUUGGGACCUAGAACAAGCAUCUCUGUUUUGUCCGAGUUUAAAAGUAAAAAGUUUUCAGCCAUCCACUUCCUUAUGUCUGAAACACAGGCUUCUAGUAUACACUAAAUCAAAAGUGGUGUGGCCACAUUGUGACGUUACAGCCUUAUUCUAAAUAUUUCCUCAUCAAUCUACACACAAUACCCCAUAAUGACAAAACAAAAACUGGUUUAUAGAUUUUUUUUAAAUACAUUUGCAAAACAAACUGAAAUAUGACAUUUACAUAAGUAUUGAAAAGUUAUGUGGCAAAUGCUGCCUUUCCACACGUUUUCUUGCAGCUCUGAUACAUCUACAUUAGGCUAUAAUUAGGGAUGUGACAUUGAAAUUGUUUCAUAACGUUUAAAAUUGCCUUUUCAUUUAAAAAUAUUUUUUUAAUCAUAAAAUUCCACGUGAAUUCACAAUGCAGCUGUGCUGCCAGCAAAAGUUUGGGUCUCACGGUGCGUCCCCUUCUGAUGGUUAAGCAUUACACCUGUAUUACAAUUACUGUACCUCAAUUCUACCUUCCAGUUUGUAUUUCCUUCUCAUUUAACUUCUCAAAGUAUUGCCAUACAGGACUUCGCUGCUGACGCUUACCUUUCUCUACCAUUUUUCCAACUGUGAACGACGAUGGAGUAGACUCCAAAAUAAUAGAUUCCUCAAGUCCUUGCACGUCGACUCCCAUUUCUGAGUUUCAAGAUUCCUAAUACUCCUAAGAUUCAGUAUGUUUGGAACGGAGACUGAUUAGUUGCUGUAAUUCUGAGAACACAAACACUUGCAUCUUUCAUAGCGAGCUAGCAAGGGAUUGAGAGAGAGGGGAGAGUUACAGUGUAGGCAGGUCGGUCACCAGGCAGAGAGUCAGAACCGUGAACUAGGAAUAUCUAUCGGCAAUCAAAAGCUGUAUCUCUCAAUAAAAUGCUGUAUCUUGCAAUUUCUUGGCUUGCAAUGUCUCGCAACUUCAGUAAAGCAGGGCCUAUCAUCAAUGAAUAGCCUAGGGUAUUCUACACGCAACAGACCGAAGACUGAACACACUCGCGUCAUUAGCGAAGAGAAAGAGCAAGGGUGUAAUCAUUAGUUGCGAAACGUUUUGCAACUAAAAUUAGUUUAUGUUUGACAAAUUCCAGUAGGUCCCUCCCCGUUUCAUUCCGUUUGCUUUAGUUUAAGAAACGUUUUGCAACUGAAUUGGAGUAAUGAAUAUGCCCCAGGCGAGGGAGAGCGAGGAGGGAACCACGGUGCGCAUGUUUCUUGGUAAUCUGAAUCUCGCAAUGUCUUGUCUUGCAUGCCUUGCAAAUUCAGCAAAGUAGACGAAAGUUUGCCUCUCCCUCACUGGUUUUAUUUAAAUUACACAACUUUCCACAGGCCUUUAUAGCCUAUCGUCUAGUUAGACUAUAACGCAGAAAUAAUGUUUUGUUAAAACUGCACUGUGAUUUUAAUUUAGUUUGGGAGACCAUUGUUUUUCAGUUAGGGAUUUUUCUCAAGUUAAGGAUCCCAAUUCCGUUAACUUUUUAACGUUCACACCCCUAAUUAUAAUAUAUAAUUAUUGUAAUGUUUUUUUUUUGCAGUGGCAGACAUGAUUUAGCAGCGGCACACCCCAGGGGAAACACUGCUAUCCUACUAAAAAGUUUGGAGUUGCUAUACUGGCUUUCCGUCCUUGACGAGGUGUAUUGAUUUUAUUGUUCCUUCACACCCCCGGGGCAAACAGGCAAUCACCUUGUAUCAAGUGGAGUGCUUCAUGAAAAAAAUUAAAGAAAUGCACCUGGCUACUCUUCUCACACAUACAGUGCCUUCAGCAAGUAUUCACACCCCUUUACUUUUUCCACAUUUUGUUGUCUUACAGACUGAAUUUAAAAUUGAUUACAUUUAGAUUUUGUGUCACUGAUCUACACACAAUACCCCAUAAUGUCAAACUGGAAUAUGUUUUUAUACAUUUUUAUAGAAAUUCAUUAAAAAUGUAAUGCUGAAAUGUCUUGAGUCAAUACGUUUUCAACCCCUUUGUUAUGGCAAGCCUUAAUAAUUUAAAUAGUAAAAAUGUGCUUAACAAGUCAGAUAAUAAGUUGCAUGGACUAACUUGGUGUGCAAUAAGGGUAUUUAACAUGAUUUUUGAAUGACUACCUCAUCUCUGUGCCUGCCCCACACAUACAAUUAUCUGUAAGGUCCCUCAGUCGAGCAGUGAGUUUCAAGCACAGUUUCAACGACAAAGACCAGGGAGGUUUUACAAUGCCUCGCAAAGAAGGGCACCUAUUGGUAGAUGGGUAAAACAGUUAAAAAGCAGACAUUGAAUAUCCCUUUGAGCAUGGUGAAGUUAUUAAUUACACUUUGAAUGGUGUAUCAAUACACCCAGUCACUACAAAGAAACAGGCGUCCUUCCUAACUCAGUUAACGGAGAGGGAUUUCACCAUGAGGCCAAUGAUAAUUUUAAACCAGUUACAUAAUUAAAUGGCUUUGAUAUAAAAACUGAGGAUGGAUCAACAACAUUGUAGUUACUCCACAAUACCAACCUAAAAGACAGAGUGAAAAUAAGGAAACCUGUACAGAAUAUAAAUAUUCCAAAACAUGCAUCCUGUUUGCAAUAAGGCACUAAAGUAAUACUGCAAAAAAAAUUGCAAAAAAAAUUAACAUUUGGUCCUGAAAACAAAGCAUUAGGUUUGGGGCAAAUCCAACACAACAAAUCACUGAGUACCUCUCUUCAUAUUUUCAAGCAUGGUGGUGGCUGCAUCAUGUUAUGGGUAUGCUUGUCAUCAGCAAGGACUAGGGAGUUUUUUGUUGUUGAUAAAAUGAAAAGUCUUAGAGGAAAUCUUGGUUCAGUCUGCUUUCCAACAGACACUGGGAGACAAAUCCACCUUUCAGCAGGACAAUAGCCUAAGGCCAAAUAUACACUGGAGUUACUUACCAAGACGACAUUGAAUAUUCCUGAGUUACAUUUUUGACUUAAAUCGGUAUGAAAAUGUAUGGCAAGACUUGAAAAUGGCUUAGCAAUGAUCAAAAACCAACUUGACAGAGCUUGAAGAAUUUUAAAAGGAAUAAUGUCCAAAUAUUGUACAAUCCAGGUUUGCAAAGCUCUUAGGCUUACCAAGAAAGACUCAGCUGUAAUCGCUGCCAAAGUUAAUUCUAACAUGUAUUGACUCGAAGGGGGAGUGGGGGUGGGGGGGUUGAAUACUUAUCUAAUCAACAUAUAUUAGUGUUUUAGUUUCCAUUAGUAUUUUGUGUAGAUCUUUCACAAAAAAAUGACAAUUAAAUACGUUUUGAUCCCACUUUGUAACACAUCAAAAUGUGAAAACAGUCAAGGGGUGUGAAUACUUUCUAAAGGCACAGUAUGCCAUUGUUUGAGCUCCUUGAUCUGAAGUGUCAUGAUUCAUGAUUGUAAAUGCCUGUUCUUGUACUCUCCCCGGUCAUCUAACAUCCUUAAGGACAUUUUCUCUUUGCCACUUUCAGAGCCUGACAUCCAUUGGUUUUGAGAGCCUGUAGACGUCUCUAUAAUCUCUGUUCAUUUUGUGCAGGAUGAAAAUAAUCAUAAUCAUGCGCUGGUCCUGUGACCAAACAUCACCAGAGAUAAUAUCCUCCUCAAAAUGUUCAACACCCACAAUUUGGCCAAUAAAUAGUAAACUAUGAAUGGUUUUCAAACCCCAAAACACAGUGGGCUUGUGAGAGACCAUUCUCUGGGAGAGAUGAGAAGAAAUACAAAAGGUUGAGUGCACACUGCACAUCAUAAUGGGCUCCUUGAGUUCCCUCCACUAACACGCACCCUGCCUGACUGGAGAGGCUUUGGCAUUUACUGCCAUGAGAACUGUCAAAACAAUACCUCUGUGGGUGCUUCUCUCUCAGAACUGCAUCCCACAUCCAACCCAGGCCUCUACAACAACCCCCUGUGUGACUACUGGAAGUGUGUAUGUGGUGUCUGUGGAGGGGGAAGUAAGGGUAGGGGUUGGUGGUAGGUAGGAAUUGAGUUCACAGUUUUACUUUUCCAUGUUGUUUUCUGCUUUUCUUCUGGUGUCCUGGUGUGAGAGCGUUUUGUACUGAGAAGUAGCUGAGCCGUUAGCUCUGGCCGUGAGGGGGUAGAGGAGGAGGAGGUGGGUCGAGAGGGAGUUUUUAAUGAAGUCCAAAGGUGAGGAUGUGUGAAGCGCUGAACUCUCUCUCUCUUCCUCUCUCCCUCCCCACAGUGGACGCUUGGCCUUCACCAGGAGAGGGGCGCCGGUCCAAGAGCCCAGUUCUCACUCUCCUGUGUGGCCUAG